GUUAGUGUUUUCAAAAUAAUCUACACCGUUAAAAUUUUAUCCAAAAAGCUAUUGCUAGAUGCCUAAGUGAAGGUUUGAUGACAUCCCCUUUUCGAUUUCAUAUUCUGCGCUUUCUCUCUGUCAGGUGUAAAAAUAGCAUCUUCGUUGAUCUUCCUUCCCACCACCAGUUGAAUCCCUCUCUCCACUAAUCCCUUUCAUCCUCUGCAGUCCAAUCCCUCCAUGGACUACGAUUACAGGAACCGAGCCGGAGCUGCUUACGAUUCUCAGUUGCCUAUAUAUGGACGGCCUUCGUCCACCGCUUCGCCGCCCUCCCAUUCUCAUCCGAUGUAUGCGCCUCCCGGCCAACCUCAUCAUCCGCCGGCUCUCCACCCCAGGAUCGGUCAACACCUUUCCAGCCAUCUUGCCGGCCGUAAUUCGGCCUCUUUCCAUCGCCCCUCUUCUGCUCCUUCUAAUGGAACUGGUAUUAGAGUUGCCAUAAAACCGGAGUACCGGAUUACACCUCCGCCACAAUUAUCCUCGCAAAUCAGAGAUAUCCCGCAUAGUUUUUUCCAGUUUGAUUUUGAUUUUGAGAGGAAGAUUUUGGCUGAAGCAGAGAAGGAUAGCCAAAAUUGGAGUGGGCUUGUCGAUUCGGGAAGUAUUGUGACAAAUAUGUCUAGGCAGACUUCUCCAGGUUCUUCUGGAGAUCCCAUUGCAGACAAAUACAUUGCUUCAGGUCUGAAUAGAGAUGCCGUUCCUCUUGCUGUUGCAAACUUCGGAGACAACCCAACAAAGGUCCGAGAAUUUGCAGAUCAUUAUACUCGCUUGAGAGAUAUGGGGUUCUCGUCAAAUGCGGUUGGAGAAGCCCUACUCAUGUUUGACAAUGAUACAGAAAAGGCUUUGGCUUACCUCCUUAACAAUAGCUCUUGAGCGCUACAGUAUAAGUUGGGUGGGCACAGGGAACUGAAUCACAUUUUUUCUACGUUUCAUGUGAAUGAAAUUGGUUUAUAGUAUAUACAUUUAACGUUAUGUUAUCUCCUUACAUGGGUAAUUCAUCAACAUUGCCAAACCCAACGCUUCGUAAGGAUGUUCUUCACAAUAGAUAAACAAUUUUUUA